GAGCGGUGCAAGGCGUGACUCUCAGGCUGGUGAAAGCUUGCCUGCCGUGACAGUCACGAUCGGUGCCACUCAUGUUCAGUCACGCUCCGGUCACGCUUGUGCGUCAAGGUCUAUUAGUAUGCCACCUCCGAGUCCACAGGGCGCCGCCAUUUCAACAUGAAGGUUGGCCCUAUGAUUGUCUACUCACAGUUAUACUCUGUCUCGGCGGAACAGACGCAUGGUGGGGCUUGUCAGACAGCUUGCCAGUGAUAAGGCCGCCGUCCUGGUUUCACUACUUCUGCUCAUGCAGCAGCCUGAACAUCUCCGACAGACCGUUUUUGUAUCGAUCCACCUCCUUUUCCGACACAGUGGCAGGAGACCCUGGGAACGUAAACACUGGCCACGAGGGAAGAGUCUGGGCAGGAUAUAGGCUGAGAGGGCUCUCUCUUUCUGUCCCCCCCAUCCUCUCGACCGCCGUCGUUGGCUGCGGGUGGCUCACUUGCGACAGCUGUACUAAACUUGUUGCUCGACUACACUCGACUACAAACGCGUAUAGCGAUGAUCUGAAGCCCACGAGUUCUCUCUGUUCCUCUACACAUUAGUGCGAGAACAACAAGACAAAAGACGGGAAGACUACGCGACGGAUGGUAUGAUACG